CGUGUUCGCUCCAUUCAGUGGCGGGUUCUGCGUUGGACGCAGCUCCGGCGGGCGGGCGCUGCUCUUGCUCAGUAGGAACAGGUCCUCGGCCGGCGUCGCUCAGCGGGCAGCAGCCUCAGGAGGAGGUGCAGCAGUGAAGGCAGGAUGCUGUCCCGACUCCGCGCAGCCGCGGUUCCGUGCGCCCUGGCGCGGCGCAGCCUGCACACCAAGGAGAAGGGCAAGCCRCUCAUGCUGAACCCGCGCACAAACAAGGGCAUGGCCUUCACGCUGCACGAACGGCAGAUGCUCGGGCUGCAGGGACUGCUACCUCCCAAAAUAGAGACACAGGACAUCCAGGCCUUACGCUUCCACAAGAAUUUGGCAAAAAUGACCGACCCCUUGGAAAAAUAUAUCUACAUAAUGGGAAUCCAAGAGAGAAACGAGAAAUUAUUCUACAGAGUGCUGCAGGAUGAUAUUGAGCGGCUGAUGCCGAUUGUGUACACACCGACGGUGGGCCUGGCCUGCUCCCAGUACGGACACAUCUUCAGGAGACCAAAGGGAUUAUUUAUUUCUAUCUCAGACAGAGGCCACAUAAGGUCAAUUGUGAACAACUGGCCAGAGAAUGAUGUUAAGGCUGUUGUCGUGACUGAUGGAGAACGAAUAUUGGGUCUUGGAGACCUGGGGGUGUACGGGAUGGGGAUCCCGGUGGGAAAGCUUUGUUUGUACACGGCCUGUGCAGGGAUCAAUCCCGAUAAAUGCCUGCCUGUCUGCAUCGACGUUGGGACUGAUAACACAACUCUGCUGAAGGAUCCGUUUUACAUGGGGCUGUACCAGAAGAGGGAUCGCUCGCAGGUGUACGAUGACCUGAUAGACGAGUUCAUGGAGGCCAUUACGGACAGGUAUGGCCAGAACACGCUCAUCCAGUUCGAAGACUUUGGAAACCACAACGCUUUUCGRUUUUUGAGGAAAUACAGGGAAAAGUACUGUACCUUCAACGAUGACAUUCAAGGGACAGCCUCGGUGGCCUUGGCAGGACUGCUGGCAGCGCAGAAAGCCACUGGAAAACCACUUACAGAACAGAAAGUGYUGUUCCUUGGAGCAGGAGAGGCGGCCCUGGGGAUCGCCAACCUGAUCGUUAUGGCCAUGGUGGAAAGCGGCGUUUCUCCUGAGGAGGCCUCCCAGCGYGUGUGGAUGUUUGACAAGCACGGUUUGCUGGUGCAGGGCCGAGAGCAGAAGGUGGAUCCCCACCAAGAGCCGUUCACACACCGGGCUCCAGAGCAYAUACCAAAGACCUUUGUGGAGGCGGUGAAUGUACUUCGGCCCUCAGCUAUCAUUGGAGUGGCGGGAGCCGGGCGCCUCUUCUCACACGACGUGCUCCGAGCCAUGGCUGCCAUCAACGAGCGGCCCAUCAUCUUCGCGCUCAGCAACCCCACGGUGAAGGCCGAGUGCACGGCGGAGGAGGCCUACACGAUAACGGAGGGCCGCUGCUUGUUUGCCAGCGGCAGUCCCUUCGAGCUGGUGACUCUGAAGGAUGGCAGAACCUUCAAGCCUGGCCAAGGAAACAACGCCUACAUUUUUCCAGGUGUGGCUCUGGCUGUGAUCCUCAGCAGUGUCCGGCACAUCAGUGAUAAGGUUUUCCUCGAGGCUGCCAAGGCACUSGCGGAGCAGUUGACAGAUGAGGAGCUCGCACAAGGAAGGCUUUAUCCUCCACUGUCCAAUAUCAGGGAAGUUUCUAUUUAUAUAGCUGUCAAGGUGAUGGAGUUCCUGUACGCCAACAACAUGGCUUUCCACUACCCCGAGCCCGAAGACAAGAACCGCUACAUCCGCUCCAAGGUGUGGAGCUACGAGUACGAGUCCUUCAUGCCGGACGUGUACGACUGGCCCGAGUCCAAGGUGCACUGAUGCACCGCCGCGCGCACUCCUCAGGCAGUACCUCCUACUCUGCAGGGAUCCCUUUCUCAGACCAAGUCAAAUCAUGAUCUUUGACUCCUCUAAUUUAUUUUCRCUCGUUUUGUUGCCUUUUUUUCCCCCCUUAUACCCUGUUUUACACUUGAUUUCUCCCAAGUACCUGAUAAACUGUAUGGAUGAUGGCAUCUGCCACGGGGAUGAGAGAACCCUCCAAAGUUAGUUUAAAUAAUGGCAUUGCAAUUCUAGCUUCGAGCCACACUACACUGAAGAGUUCUAUUAAUGAUAUUUUGGCUACAUGCAUUUGAUGAUGAACUAUAGCUCUCUCAUCACUGCUCAUCUCCAGAAUGAUUAAUUUCUGCCUUUAAUAAUCAGCCUUCUAAUUGUCCUGGUGUUGCUCACUGCAUUACCUGUGACAUCCAGGGAGACCACUUGUGAAAGAAAAAAAAAAAAGGACAGUUGAAGACAACUUUAAGGUUCUCAUGGGCUUUCGGUUUUCUUUAACGCUUUAAGAUGUCCGUGUCCAGGCAUCCUUGUGGCACUGGCUGCUGUUYCCUUGUGGAACAGCAAGAUGUAAGCAUGUGGAGUCUGCAGCAAAGUUUGCAGUUUUCAUCACAUCUUCUCAGGAGAAAUGUGAACUAGUCCGGAUUAUCCUUGGGAAGCCUGAAAAUAAUAUUAAUCACUUAAUAGUUUUUAGAAACAAAGCCGUGCUGUCACAGAAUGAAUUCCAUCAGGUAGAGGUAGGACCUGAAGUAAUUUAUGGAAAUAUUUUAGAGAUUUUACAAGGAGAUUUUACAGAGUGGACUGUAAGAUGAUGUACCAAAGGAUUUUUAUUUAAUUUUUUUUUUCAAGGUUUUGUUUSUUUUAAGUCAGGCUGUUUUCUCCCUUGCAUCCUCUUAUUCUCACAAAGAAACUCGAGUGUGCUGUGUUAAGACAUUGCUGACUCGGCUCCAAAGUGGACUCUUAGAACAGGCAGCUCACAGGAGCUCUGAGGCUGAAAUGGGAAUUGUUCAUCACACACAGAUUCACACCAGAAACAUUGGAACAUUUCCUCAGUCCCAAUAUCUGGCUCAGUGCGAGUACUGGGCCCAAAAGAUGCAGAGCCUGCAAGCUCCGUGUUGACCACUCCGAUUUAUUCCCUCCAUUUACAGGUCCAGUUUGUCAGAGCUCGUGUGUGAAAACAAAACCUUCAGGUAGAGCUUUUCCUCGCCAUGGGUUAGUGCUGCCCAUCUGUUCCAGGUCCACAGUGAAUGUUGUUGCUGAUUCUGUCAGUGUGAGGGGCCUCAGUCACUCCAGAGGAGCAGGCAGGCUCCUCACCCCGUGAGGCUGUGUCCRGAGCAGGGAGAAAGAUCCUGUGCCGUGCUCCUGUUUGCUGCUUCAAGGCAGGAAAAGGACCAGGGUAAAUUAACAUUCAGAUGUGCCAGUGCUGUACCAGCACACCUGAAACCAAAAGCUGGAGAUAAAGUAAAGCCUGCUCAGGAUUUACUCAUGGCAAGCACUGCUCCCGUGCCCUCCAUCAUACAGGGAAAUGCAGUCUCCACAGAACAGCCCAGGACAGAGCAGGGACAAUGCGCCCACAGCCUGACCUCUGCUUUUAAAAUCACAUUCUUACAAGGCACAGGGAACYGGGGGAAGGCUCUGCCUGAGAGGGGAAAGAAGGCUGAUUAUCUGAAGGCAGAAAGCGGUGAUGUGGAAAAAAACCUGUGGUAAAGUUCAAGCUGUGGUAAAGUUUUGUGUGGUGGGGCUGGAAGUGCCGCAUGGCCGAGUCAGGCGAUGCGCRUGGAUAGGAACUUGCACUCGUAAGCACGUGUAUAAAAUACACCAACACACACAUAGGAGGUUUUUACAAAGAAUGCUUUUUUCAUCUAUUUUUGCUAUGCCUUGUUUUUAUUGUAUUUAAAUUAGUGAUCUUACUGAAAAAAAAKUAUUUAUUCAAUGUAUGAAUUAUUUUUGCCUUCUGGAAGUUUGGCUCUAUCUGAAAGCUGUUGUACUGUGCCAGCAGAGUUCUGCACCAUUGGAUUCCAGUGCACUGGGAACACACACUCCCUCCCUUCUGCCAACACUCUCAUUAGACAGAUGGGUAACAAAAAUACCCAAUGCACUGAUCUCCUGUACCAGAUAGGAAUGAUCACAGAGGCAGGGGAAUCGCUCCCUAACUCUGGCUUAGAAAACAAAGAUUUGCAUCCACCCUGUCAAUCUGAUUAUUUUAUUUUCAGGCAGGAAUUGCACUUUCUGUCCUUUAUCAGUGGCCAUUGAUAAUGCUCAGGAAGCCCUGGAGCUUGGGGAAGCAGCGUUACCCGUGAGCAGCAGGGGCAGGAGCCAGGCUGGUUCCCCAGGGGAGUUCCUGGAGGAUAUCUGUCCUGGCUGAGGGAAGAUGCCUGUUCUGUCCUCCCCCAGUCUGGCACCGGCUCCCUGCUGUCCUCAAGCGGGAUUUCCCAAGGACAGGUGUUCCUGCAUUAUCAUUUUUGUGGGGAAAGUUGCCCUUGCAGACCUGCGGGCUCCAGUUAGGAAGUGUUGGAGCUGGGGCAGAGAGGGCCUGUCUGUCCCUGUCYCUGUCCCUGUCYCUGUCCCUGUCCCAGCUGUGGCAGCUCAGCGGUUCUGCUCAGAGCUGCUCCAUGCACACACACCGCCCAGGCUUUGUCUGACCGUGUUCUCUGGGUUUUCUGUAGCUGCAGGGUGCACAUGGAGCAAUUUCACCUUCAGUGUGCAGCCAUUGUCUCCUGUUAGCUACAGGUGAUGUGUCAGCUCACAGUUUUAAGUCCAUUUCACUCCCUCUUUCAUAUUCUCCAGUAUUUUUUUAGAUACAUGGAAUUUUAAGACACAUAAAUUCAUGUCCAGUUUUUCUUCAGGUACAAUUAAUCCUUGAAUUAAUUACAACUGCUAAUCUUGCUGCCUAGUAAGGAACCACCGUUUCCUUUUUCGUAUUUUGCUUAUCACGAUUUUAUUCUGUUUGCUGGCUUAUUCAGAAGUAUCUACUGAUAUUUUUCUGUACAGAAAAUUCUCUUACACAGUAUGCAAAGGGAAACAGGUGUCACCAGGAUGCAUUUUGUCAUGUUUCAUAGUGUUAAGUUAAAAAUACAUGAUCUGCAGGACAGCCAGUGUCCUAGCUUGUCACACAGCCCUCCAAAUGAUAUCAAAGACUGUCUUCCAUGUCUCUUUGGGGUAUGCAGAACCUUCUGAGAGGAUCAGGAACUUCAACUGAGGUCAGUCUUUCCCAGGAUUUGUCCAAGACUCGCUCCCUUAAAAUCAGCAGGGGCAGGACUGAGCCUCUUGGCAGCAGCCUGUAGGAGUGUUCAGGGGAUAGUAAAGGUUGCUGAUGAAGCACAGCCUUUCUUUAUAAAAUACGUGUGUUUUUGUUCAAAGAUGUUACAAGGGUCUGUGUGUUCCUGAAGCCUCUGCCCAGGUGCCACCCUGACAUGUAGAAGAAUUAUUAAAAUGUUGUGUCUGAUAGAUUUUAACCCGCAGUGUGACUCGUGGCACAAGUUCCCGGUUACGUUUGUGAGCAGUGAUGCAUCCUGACACGUUGUGUUUGUUUUCCAAGUGACACUUACCUGCAGAGUGRUGUGUGGCGGGUUUCCUGUGGUGGGUGCGUGUCUUCCUCCUGUACUGUUGUUUCCAGCACGCUGUUUUAUGGGGAUAAAGUAACUCUGUCGCACUCCUCCGGUAGUAGCYGCAAAGAUGAACCAUACCCGUUGUAGUUCCUUGUUAGGAGCCCUCCGUGGCAACUGUGGCAGAGUGGGGAUCACUACUGUGCAGCUCCAGCCCUGCGCUUUAGUUCAGCUGACUCUGGGCCCCAGGCAGUCCCAGCUGGUUUCAUUUGCUCUUGUUCCAUCGCCCUCUGAGGUGCAGAGCUGCGCUGCCCUGCCAUCACAUAAAGGUGUCUGCAAGGCACUCAGGUUGGACUGCAGGACUCCUGUCUCACUCAGAGUGCUCCGUGGGUUGAAGAGAACCACUGUCAUUGCUGGACUCCCUUUGGCUGAUCCGUGCUGCUCUCGCCAUUCAUCACAGCCGUAUGUGAGCAGGAUGGAGGAGAUCCAGAGCAAAACUCUAACUGCACCUGCUUGGAGCUGAAUGUGAGCACAGAAAUUCAGCUGCUGCUGCUGCUGCAGGGACAGCGGAUCCUUUGUGAACCUCCCUACUCCUGAGAGACACAUCAGUGUGGUAUUGGGACAUGAGAUCCUGCGUGGGGCUGCCCUGCCCCACCUGCCUGCUCCCAGGACACACAUCAGUGUGAUAUCAGCACCCAGGGAUGAUCUGGGACAGCAGAUCCUGCAUGGAGCUCCCUGCCUGCUCCCAGGACAGACAUCAGUGUGAUAUCAGCAGCCGGGGAUGAUCUGGGACAGCAGAUCCUGCAUGGAGCUCCCUGCCUGCUCCCAGGACACACUCCAGAGCGGUAUCAGCAGCUGGGGAUGAUCUGGAACAGCAGAUCCUGCAUGGAGCUCCCUGCCUGCUCCCAGGACACACAUCAGUGUGAUAACAGCACCCGGGGAUGAUCUGGGACAUGAGAUCCUGCAUGGAGCUCCCUGCCUGCUCCCAGGACACACUCCAGAGCGAUAUCAUCACCCCAGGACACACUCCAGUGCGAUAUCAGCACCCUGGGAUGAUCUGGGCGGGCAUGAGGCUGACCCAGCACAGCUCAGAGCUCACACUACCCUGCCGCUGCUGGCCACGGCUCUCUGUGGUGACAGGACUGGCUCGCAGUGCUGGUGGCAUCACGGGCUGUGGCUGCAGCGGGAGGACACCGUUCCYGGUCACCAGACAUUCAGCUCGUGCUGCAGGAGCCCUGUGCUGGGUGGUUGUAUCCUGGAACGUGAGCUUGGCACUACACUGAACUCGGCUCUCCAUGUUCCAUUGACCAGCUCAUCCAUCCUUCAAGUAGGUUCUUCCUAACAGGAAUAAAAAUACUCUUAGGACUGAGGGCUGGUUUGUCAAUAAAACAGCAGAAUAAUCUACAUUUAUUUCUAUCUUAAACAUAUCUACCUUACACAAAUCAAUGUAAGCCUGCUGGUGAGAACAGUUCCAGCCGGAUCUGCACGGGGUUGGCUGUGCCUGGGAGGGUCAUUGCUCAGCUGAAACUAAAACUGUAUGUAAAAUGUGAACUGGUUGGGGUCUCUUCCUACUUUAUAACGUUGUAACUCUAUUGAAAUGUGUGUUCYGGUCUUCUAUUUUCUUAGUAAAAUGCAUUCCCUUU